AUGACUCCAACAUUGAUUCUGAACGCAUAUAAGAAAUUUGAUGUUUAUUAUAAGGCGGAGGAAGUUUUUCCCUGGUUGGCAAUUCCGCUGAUGAAGCCCGCCGGAUGUCGGAGGAAGGAAGAUUCUCUUCGGGAGGUGGAGGAUCUGGAGGCGAUGGUUGUUUGGAAGCGGGAGUUGGGGAUGACGCUGAUGGAGGUUGGUAUCUCCAUGUUGCUUUCGGGUUUGAAAAGAGCUGGUCGAGGUGUAAAUGGAUGGAACAAAGACAGGACUAAGCGUAGCAAUUUAAGGCAGGCGGUUCUUCUUCGAGAACCACUAAAGGAAAAUGUUAUUCCUGUUUUUGAAGAACUAGGAAGGAAAUUGAAGCCAACAAAUAUCACUCAUGAAAACGAUGCUGCACAUCAUGAUGCUGAAAACGCUGAAGAGGAUGUCUUGCAAUCGGUUAUUUUCCUAGAUAAAUUGUCGCCUGCCGGGCCAGUCAAAGUUCAAAGUCAAGCCCCGGAUUUCUUCCGUAGGUUGACCAAAGUUUCAAGACCCAAUCUGGUUCAGUCCACCUCGUCCCACAUGUCCCACAGUAAGAUGUCUUCAACUAUAGUCGACACAUCUGAAAUGGGAUUGAUAUUCCCCUGUAACCAAGUAACCAUAGUCUUUACAUCUAGCUGCAUUUCUACAUCCCUGAUUCCUUGUUGCUGCGCUGAUUCCAUUGCCCUAUGUUACCCGGACUCGGAUGUUUAG